AUCUUUCUUGGUAAGUUGAAAGCUUCUCCUUUAACCUUGUGUCUGGUUAUACUCCUGUUUGAAUCGCUUGAAAUUUCAGGCAAUGCCUUAUUCAGGUGGUUUUUGUUAUCUUUCUAAGUUGAUGAAUACAGGUGCUCCUUCCAUUGGAAGAACCAAUUUUUGAAAGUUUAACGUCUCAUGUUGAGUUUGCAUCGUCACGAGUUGGGUUGUAAUGUAAUCUUUCUUCUAUCCUAGUUCAAAAUUUUGCUUGAUUUCUUUGCUAAUAUAGUUAAUGUCACCCAAUUGAUCAAUGAUUAAUAUAGAUUACUUUUAAUAUAUAUAUUUUUUUUCAGAUUUAAUUGUUGUCAAGGAAAACUUCAGUUCGGUUAUCAUCCGCAAUCGCAAAUUAUAGGAACGUGCGCAGAGAUGGACUAAUGCGGCAGAAGCCUUCUAUUACGUAAGGAAACAGAGCGAGCGGUGAUGGCGGCGGACUCCUUCGACGCCCACUCUGAGAUCGCCGAUGUUCUCUCUGGCUUCCUCUCCGACCCCUCUGACGCCUCCUGCUUCCUCCUCGAUGAGACGAUGACCUCCUCCUCCACCCUACACUACCUGACUCCGCCGCCAGCUGUGGCAGCAUCCACCCAUCCUUCUCUGCCCCUUCCUCCCUCUUCGCUCAACCGGCGGUUCAGGAGUCCAGCGGCGUGGCCCUGUUCCGGCAUUGGCCGAAGCGCCACCGGAGUUGCGGCGACCUGUAUUGCCACCGCCGGAUGCCGGCGCCGGAGAGGCGGGCGGAACUGUCAGCGCAGAGCACGGCGGCUCGGGCGAGGAGGAAGAGGAUCGCAGAGAAGACGACCGCGGAGAUGCUGCAGGCUGCCGCAGGCUACGUCAAGUUCAUGCAGGCCCAAGUUGGGCUUCUUGGGUUCUCCGGAGGCCCAAUUGAGGAUUGGAUCGCUCCAUUAGAGAUUGAGAGGAGGACUCGAGUCCUCAUGUCAACGAUACAAGUGCAAGAACCGUUGGCCGCAGAAGGCCGGUGUGUGGCGCCAAGAGAGGUGGUUAAGACUAUGGUGAAGGACGGCGAUAUCAAGUCGAACCUUGGCAUUGCUUGCGACCUAACUUGAUUCAUCAAGUUGAUCAACAUUGGACUACAUUAGUGCUCAACUAUAGAGUUACCUAUUGUAUGUAUAUAUGUCAAUAUGCAAUGUUUUACUCUCAAGGAAGAGGUUGUAUAUACGCAAU